UCUAAUCAUUACGAGCAUUCCGUUGGAGAACGUUUAUAGAACAUUCAACAAGCUUUUGGCCUGUUAGGUAUAUAUAUAUAGCGCUUUUGGGUACCUAAUCAGGUCUCCAAAAUAUGGGUGACAUGGCUGUUCUUGUUCCCAAAUACUUCGAGCGACAUCCACGUCCUCCCCUCUUCCACCGCAUCCCUAUCGCACCAUUUCUGCAUCGCAUUCACCGAAGGAACUUACCUGAAUGGUCAGAAGAGGAGAGGAAGAAAAUCCUCCAAAUCCAUUCGCUGAUCCAGGUGCCAUGGAUGGCAUGGUGGAAGGGCUGAAGAAGCAAAUGGUCAUGAUGAUGCCGCAGAUGCUCAUUAUGGGAUGGAUCAAUUUCUUCUUUCAGGGUUUCGUUUUGAUUAAACUCCUGUUCCCGCUAACGCUUGGCUUCAAAUCAAUGAUGCAGCGUGGCAUCAAGACUCUUGAUAUGGACAAAAUGCCGCAGACUCAACGCCAGAUAUGGCUGCUCAUUCGGCUCCGUGCUGUCCGGAGCUAACGUGCCACCAGCCAUUGGACCAGGGGCUCCAGGUCACAAGAAACUUUUUGCUCACGAAAAGGAUAAUCUGCAGUUUGCAGAGGAGCAAUAUAAGUGGGUUUGCGAUGGCGUAGAAACCGGAGUGUUGGAGCAAUGGGGCAAGAUACGUGCUAUAAAGUGACCCUAGCAUAGGUGCAUUGUUCGGCUACGGCCCCCCGCGUCUUAUGUAGGUGUUUCCUGUCCCGUUGGGCGUUGUGAUCUAGGGAUUAUUAUUAUUAUUUUAAGGACAACAGAUCAGGCAUAUUGAAGGCAAGUUGCCCUGCCAGUAGCUGGUUCCAGUAUGGAUGAAUUCG